AUGUCAUGUGACAAGACAGGUAACCCAUGGCCAGCGGUCAACGAAGCCGUUAGCUUAACUGUGCCAACUAGGGUGGCCCGGGAAGACAAGCAAUUCAAGAAAGAACCACGCUCUGUAGGUCCGAGAAACUCCGUGCUCCUGUUUCCGAGGAAAUUCACACCACAACUCGUGGAGACUGGCAAACGAUCGUUUCGGCGACACCAGAUGAGGCAUAUUCAUCACAAUGAAAGCAUACCAGAAGCAUUGCCUCGAAUUCCAAACCUCGAAAGUAUUAGGGACCAAUUCGCCGAUGAUGUCACCGGCAUAGAAGAGUCUUCUUUUUCAUAUGCAAAUUUGCAACGACGCCAGGAAACCAGAAGACAUUCUUUCCGAAUACCUGAUCUUCCUGCAAUCCCAUCGAGUUGUAGUGAGGAUUCUGAUGAUUCAGAAGUUUCUCCAGGGCCACCAUCAUUAUCUACUACUCAUCCUGGACCUUCUAUGAGACAGAAGACUCAUUUAAAUGAGCGUCAUGCAAAUCAAUUAUCGGAGUAUGUGGUAGCUCUAGCGGCCCAUUCUGCAGAAAAUCAACUAAAGGAGCAGGCCCUCGCGGCUUUCCCUAACGAACAAGUCUAUCAGCCCGUGGAUCAUUUCGCAGUUGAUAGAGAGGAUGAUGACUCUUCGAAGGAUGAAAAGUUGCAAGUCCGUACAAACAUUUUCACAUCAGGCAUCCAUCGAAGGGCCUCGUCCGCAGAUCUGCCAUGGGAACUCGAGUACUUGCGCAGGCAUAAGGAGGAGGCCGAGAUGUGUGAUCGUGCUAUGGCUGGAACAAAAGGACUGCAUUUGUCGCCUACUGAUAGGCGACCUUUUGACGGAGUGAGCGGGUCUUGCGGAAACUGGGCCGGUGGGUUUGGUUUGACACAAAUCAAGCCAGGCAUAAGCCCGCCCAUGCUUGGAGAAGAUCUUGUAUUUCCGCAAAGUGUUUCACCCGAAGCGACAAUAUGUGAGAGCAGCAAUGUUGAACAUUACGUCACGCAAGACAAACAAUAUCACAAUGCUGGGCUUUGGUAUGCAGACCGCCACCUUUUCGAUGAUUCUGAUGGUGGCGGCCUUUGGAUGGGAACUUGUAAAUCCAACAAGCGCCUUUCGCGGUUGGACGUUUCGAAGUCAUCGAGCCCACGGUCAAGCGGCAAUGCCGGUGGAUAUGCUCAAUGCUCAACCGAAACCCUCACAGGUUAUGAGAACCGGUCGUCAUUGGAUUUCUCAAGGGAUACCGAAAGUUUGGACUCGAGGCACACGAGACAACAUGCUAGCGACCAGGACCUUGAUCAUGAGUUGACUGAUAGCUUUGUGACUCAGAUCUACAAUUAUUUGUCCCUGGGCUAUCCCUGUGUUGCUCGCUACUACGACCAUGAGCUCAGUAUCGUUUCUGGAAUUUCUGUAGCAGAUCUUAGACGUGAUGAUCUCAAGACAGAUGCGAAGGGUUACGUCAGCGUCAUGGAUGAAGGUCCAACGGAUCGGAAGGCAGAGAAGGGCCCAUGUAUGCGAUGGAUGGCACUGCGCUUAUAUAUACAAGAGUGGGCUAGGAAACGGCCCAAAGUGGCUGACGACGGUAUUCAUGGAGCAUGGGGGGUGUGUGAACGAAAGGGUAGCUGGGCCAUCUGA